CCCCGUCACCCCCCUCGGCCUUACAAGAGCUGCGGGGGCCCUAGGGGUCUGCUGUCUGUCCCUGGGGGUGGGAGAGACCCAUGGGGGGGGCCAGCUCUGGUGCUUUCCGUGUACGAGCGUCUGGGGGAGCUGGUGGGGAAACCCAAAGUAUGACGGAGAAGGAAGCGCUGGAGCCACCGGCCUCACCGGGAGAGACGGCCGAGGGCCAGAUCCAGCGGCUCCGGCACCUCUUCCAGCGCAAGGCCCCGGAGCCGCCGCCUGAGACACCCGAGCCGCAGCCCGAGAAUGGGGCCCUGGUGAGCCCCUCGGGGGGGCCCCUCUACUACAUCUACGAGGAGGAGGAAGAGGAGGAGGAGGAGCCCGAGCCGCCCCCGGAGCUACCGCCGCCCGUCAAUGACAAGCCCCACAAGUUCAAGGAGCACUACUUCAAGAAGCCCAAGUUCUGCGACGUCUGUGCCCGCAUGAUUGUCCCCACAGUCCCCUGGGGCAGCCAUGCGGCCACAUUCCCCUUACCCACAAUCCUCUGCUCAGCCUCAGUGCCCCCAAUCUGGUUACCCAGGAUCCUCCAGGGCCCCACUCAUUCCCAGCCCCCCUCCCCCGUGACCUGCUACCCAGAAUCCCCCGGGGCUCUCGCCCUGGCCAUGCCCCUGCCCUGGGGCCAGAAUACUUUGGGGCUGCCCCCUGCCCUGACCCUGCCCCCCUGCCCCCAGCCCCUGGCGGCCAUGAUGGAGGAGGAGCAGGAGCUGCCCAAGCCAGAGGGGGACAAGGCAGAGGGAGGGAACCCUGAGGGCGACAAGAAGGCAGAAAAGAGCGCCCCUGAUGACAAGAGCAAGAAGCCGCAGGCCGGGGUGCGCGGGGGCUUCGGGCAGUCCCACUACUUCGUGGCCCUCUAUCGCUUCAAGGCGCUGGAGAAAGACGACCUGGAUUUCCCCCCCGGGGAGAAGAUCACCGUCAUCGACGACUCCAACGAGGAGUGGUGGAGGGGCAAGAUUGGCGAGAAGGUUGGCUACUUCCCCACCAACUACAUCAUCCGGGUGCGGGUGGGUGAGCGUGUGCUCAAGGUGACCCGCUCCUUUGUGGGCAACCGCGAGAUUGGGCAGAUCACCCUCAAGAAGGACCAGCCCUCUGUUGGACCAAGUCCUGGCACCCCAGGGGCAAAGCCUUGCCGACCUGGCCCCCCGGGUGACCUGAGGCGGGUGUCGGAGCUGAGUGCAGUUUAA